UAAUACUCCAUUACUGAUCCACGUUAAUAACGCAACGUCGGAGCCGUUGUACCUGCGAUAAAGUUAUACAGAUGUUUGGAAACUACACCGUGUGAUAUUUUGGAGAUUAUACCAUUGACUACAACAAUCUCAGACAUUAAAACGAAUUUUACACAGAAGAUGAAGGGUUCAACAAAACAAUGUAGCGUCGAUUGGCAUUAAGUGCGUGAGGAGAGGCUUAGCACGUGAUGCAUAUCUACAUCACUGUUCCACGCUGCUGCACAUAGGAAACAGGAAAGUAUCACAUACAGCCUAACGAUUCUUGAAUUAAGAAAUUUUUCAUGUUGUUGACAUAAUCAUAAUAGGAUAUUCCGUAAAUCGAUGUACAUUAUCAGGGACAUCAGACAAUAUCGGAUAGCAAAAACUUGAAUUCUAACACGAGUGAAAACAAAAGCUCCCCGAGGUAGUUCAUUUUAACCACAGAUACGAUCAAACAUACAAGAAAGUUCUACACAAUGGUCGUAAUAUCAAACUUGAAGGCCCGUGUGGUCUUGCCAUCAAAGGGAAUUUGCAAUCUAGCCAAAUCAAUUGAAAGUUUUCGAGUGAGUCAUACUGAUAGAGGUCCAGAUGACUCUUUGGGCACAUCACGAGAUAUUUGUGAAUCAGCCAAAUAUAUUGAAAGUCGAAGAGUGAGUACAAUUAAAGGAGAUGACAUUGAGCUCAGACCACAAUAUCAAAGUGCCCCGCGAGGAAUCGCUAAAUCGUGGAAACGUAUCGAUAAUCUUAGAGCAAGUAUGAUUGAAGAAGAAACGGAUGACUACUCUCCAUUACUUACGGCUGUAAAGAAUGGUCACCUUGAUGAAGUACGAAACCUAGUCAGUCAAGGGGCGGAUGUAAAUCAGGUAUAUGCUGAAGGCUGGACACCGUUAGUGAUUGCAGCAAAGACCGGCAGAGUUGAGGUAUUGGGCUAUUUAUUAGGUCAAGGGGCUGAGAUGAGAACCUUUGUCAAAGGACUGUCUGCAUUACACUGUGCUGCUUUCUUUGGUCAUCUUGAUGCUAUUAAAUGUCUGAUCAGUCGACGGGUUGAGGUGAAUAAAGGAGCUAAGGAUGGUUGGACUGCACUACACAUGGCUGCUCUGCAAGGUCAUCUUGAUGUCGUCAAAUAUCUGAUCAGUCAAGGGGCUGAGGUAAAUAAAGAGGAUAACAAUGGUUGGACUGCAUUACACCACGCUGCUUGGAAUGGAGAUCUUCACGUCGCCAAUUAUCUGAUCAGUCAACGGGUUGAUGUGAAUAAAGGAGGUAACGGGAGUUCGACUGCAUUACACGUUGCUGCUGAGAAUGGUCAUUCUGAUUUCAUCAGAUAUCUGAUCAGUCAAGGGGCUGAUGUGAAUCAAGAAGAUGAAAAUUAUAAGAGUGUAUUACACGCUGCAUUCCACACUGCAUCUCAGAGUGGACAUAUUGAUGUCAUCAGAUGUCUUAUCAGUCAAAAGGUUGAGAUGACUAAAGGGGAGAUUAAGGAUUGUACUGCAAUACACCAUGCUGCUGAGAAUGGACAUCUGGAAGUCCUCAAAUAUCUGAUCAGUCAAGGGGCCGAGGUGAAUUUUAGAGUUAACGAUGGUACGACUGCACUACACCUUGCUGCUAAGAAUGGUCAUCUUGAUGUCAUCAAAUAUCUAAUCAGUCUAAGGGCUGAGGUGAAUCAAGGAGUCGAUUACGGUGCGACUGCAUUACACAUUGCUACUGAGAAUGGUCAACUUGACAUCAUAAAAUAUUUGAUCAGUCAAGAAGCCGAUGUGGAUAAAGGAGACAACAAUAAUAUCACUGCAUUGCACCGUGCAGCUUAUCAAGGUCAUCUUGGUAUUGCUAAACAUCUAAUAGCUAAUGGGGCACAGGUGAAUAAAAGAUGUGAAAACGGUUUUACCGCAUUACACAUUGCUUCUCAAAAUGGAUACCUUGAUGUGGUCAAAUAUCUGAUCGAUCAAGGGGCUGAGGUGAAUAAAGGAUAUAACGAUGGUCGGACUGCAUUACACAUUGCUGUUCGUAGUGGUCAUCUUGAUGUCGUCAAAUAUCUGAUCGUUCAAGGGGCCGAGGUGAAUGUGAAUAAAGGAAGUAACGAUGGUAAUACUGCAUUGCACAUUGCUAUAGAGAGUGGUCAUCUUGAUAUUAUCAAAUAUCUCAUCACUCAUGGGGCUGAGGUAAAUAAAGAAAAACAAACAAAUGACAUUGCCGCAUUAUGCAUUGCAUCUCAGAAUGGUCAUCUUGAUGUCAUCAAAUUUCUGAUCAGUCAAGGGGCUAAGGUGAAUAAAGGAAAUAACGAUGGUUGGACUGCAUUACACGUUGCUGCUCAGAAUGGUCAUCUUGAUAUCCUCAAAUAUCUUAUCAGUAAAGGGGCUGAGGUGAAUAAAGGAAAUAACGAUGGUUGGACUGCAUUACACGUUGCUGUUGAGAGUGGUUAUCUUGAUAUCAUCAAAUAUAUGAUCAGUCAAGGGGUUAGGGUGAAUAAAGGAAAUAACGAUGGUUGGACUGCAUUACACAUUGCUGCUCAGAAUGGUCAUUUUGAUGCCAUCAAAUAUCUGAUCAGUCAAGGGGCUGAGGUGAAUAAAGGAAAUAAAAAUGGCAUUGCUGCAUUAUACAUUGCAUGUCAGAAUGGCCAUCUUGAUAUAAUCAAAUAUCUCAUUAGCCAAGGAGCCAAAGCGAGUAAAGGAGAUUACAAUGAUGUGACCUCAUUACACAUCGCUGUUCAGAUUGGUCAUCUUAAUGUCAUCAAAUAUCUGAUCAGUCAAGGGGCUGAGUUGAAUAAAGGAAAUAACGAUGGUUGGACUGCUUCACACAUUGCUGCUCAGGUUGAUCAUCUUGAUGUCAUCAAAUAUCUGAUCGCUCAAGGGGCUGAUGUGAAUAAAGGAGAUAACGAUGGUUCGACUGCACUACAUGUUGCUGUUCAUAGUGGUCAUCUUGAUGUCGUGAAAUAUGUAAUCGAUCAAAGGGCUGAUGUGAAUAAAGGAAAUAACAAAGGUGCGACUGCAUUACAUGUUGCUACUAAUAUUGGUCAUCUUGAUGUAAUCAAAUAUCUGAUCGGUCAAGGGGCUGAUGUGAAUAAAGGAGAUAACGAUGGUUCGACUGCACUACAUGUUGCUGUUCAUAGUGGUCAUCUUGAUGUCGUGAAAUAUGUAAUCGAUCAAAGGGCUGAUGUGAAUAAAGGAAAUAACAAAGGUGCGACUGCAUUACAUGUUGCUGCUAAUAUUGGUCAUCUUGAUGUAAUCAAAUAUCUGAUCGGUCAAGGGGCUGAUGUGAAUAAAGGAGAUAACGAUGGUUCGACUGCACUAAACGUUGCUGUUCAUAGUGGUCACCUUGAUGUCGUGAAAUAUCUGAUCGGUCAAGAGGCUGAUGUGAAUAAAGGAAAUAACAAAGGUGCGACUGCAUUACAUGUUGCUGCUAAAAUUGGUCAUCUGGAUGUCGUCAAAUAUCUGAUUAGUAAAGGAGCUGAGGUGAAUAAAGGAGAUAACAAGGGUACGACUGCAUUACACACUGCUGCUUUCAAAAAAUAUCUAGAAAUCGUCAAAUAUCUGAUUAGUCGAGGAGCCGAGGUUAACGCUAAAAAUGAAAACGGUUGGACUUGUUUAGCCUUUGCCUUUUUAUCAUUUCAUCCUUAUGUCAUUCAAGUUCUUAGGGCUGCAGGUGCCGAAAUGGAUAAUGAAAUGGAAAGUCAACUGAUGCUUCUACUUAUGUUUAUAGGUCCAUUGAUCUUCGCAGAACGUUGCAUCACCACAUCUAAUACCGUGGCUAUUCAUCUUGCUAUACGACAUGGUCAAACCACCGUCAUUGAAAAGUUAGUGUCUCAAGGAGCUGAUCUCAAUGACCAGUCGGCUGACGGUCAGAUGUGCCUUCAUGAAGCCAUCAAACUCUGUUACAAUACUGGGAGAAAUGUACAGGAAAGUUACACGCUAAGAAAGAUUUCUGAUGAGUUUUACAAUGGAAACCUAUCACCCGAGAAGGCUUUGGUGUUCUAUCUACUUGACAAUGGAGCUAAGACAGAUGUAGAAGAUAGGUCUGGCAAACUACCAAUCCACUAUGCCAAGGAUGAAGAGGUCAAACAGAUGAUCUUAUCGAGAAUGAAUUUUCCUGAACCGGCCUGGUAUCAUCAAGACAUAGUGAAUACAGAACGUCCAGAGGAAUCUAGGGUCCCUGAUCAAGGAAUUUCAGAGGAUUUCACUACGCCCCAAGAUACUCCUAAGCCUGAAUAUAGGAGGGAAGCGGGUAAAAAUGAAACUCAAACCCAAACUACAGGACAAGAUGCGGAUCAUACUGAUGAUGAAGAAUAUGACCUGAUUAAACUUGAAAAGCAUGGUAUCACGGUCAGAAUUUCCAAAUAUGAAAUUUACAGCGCAAAGGACAUCUCUGUGGAAGUGAUUGAAGACGUCCCACCUGAGCUGGAGCUGAAGGAAACAGAAGCCAUCAUAUCGGUUGGAUUGAAGAUGUCGCCUCCAGAUGCAAUCUUUGACAGUCCUGUUAAAGUAACGAUGCCCCACUGUGCUGCAUUCGCAAGGCCACAGGAUGCAGAAGUCUGCAUCUAUUAUCGACCAAGUGGUAAAGUUUGCGAUUUUAUAUAUCACUCGGUCUUCUUUCCCCUUUUUAUUGCAUAUUUAAUACGAGGUGGUGGAAUAGUAGUGCAUGAAACAAUCGGAGCGCUGAGCUAAUGCAUAAACAGUGCAUCCCAGAAAAAAAGAAACCGGAAUUCAGUGUAAUGUUUGCCAUAAUAAUCAUAACUUUGCUUCAUGAGAUAAACAUCGAUAAGGGAACAUGAUUUCCCCUCUUUGAUUUGAUACCAAUUUCAACGUUCAUAAUGCAUGCAUGACUGAGUUAGAAAGAGAUGAUAGUAAAUUUCUAUUUGCACGCGCAAGUUACGAUUGAUGAUUGAUCGAGAAAAAGUUGCAUGAAAACAUACAUGAAUUCUACCUAUUCGACGGAUUGUUGAAGAUUUAAGCAUUUCGUUCUCCCAAACAAAGACAAUAGGCUUAUAGUGAACAAAAUAAUUUCUUGGUCAGUCUGUUUGAUUUUCAUAUUUUUUACCAUACGACUAGUUCGGGUGUGGUGAAAUUAUGACACAGACCGCGAAACCUCAUUACUUUUUGGUCACGUGGGUCUGGUGUCAGUCCACCGCGUAAAAAUAGUCCUCUCCUUUUAGUCUAGGAGAUAGGGGGCAUUAUUCAGAAUUUUUGGUGGGGAAGGUUUGACAGGCUUAUCCGGGGUGGAAUUGUGUGCUUAUUCCAAAAAUGUCAGUCUUAUUGACCGUACUCACGAGGUUUUGGCUAUUUUGGCCAAUUUUUGACCAAAAAUGACAAUUUUGAUCACUCUUUGGAAAAUUGUCCCUUAACGGAAUACGUUUGUACCCACAUCCAAUUAAAGGGGUCUAUCUUUAGU